GAUCAGAAUGAAGAAAGAAAACAGAAGAUUCAUGGCCAGGUGUUGACGUCACGUUAUUAUGUAUAUAAUGCGGUUUGCUACCGGCUCAUAUUUUAUAGAUUAUGGCCGCCAUUAACCCGGCGCUAUUUUGCGGUUAUUUCUUGAGAAGUGUGCGUUGCAAAAGUCGUUGAAAGCUGACAGUUUGAAACAAAGGUUUCCUUAGUUGUGCUGCUAGUAAUCGAUCAAGAAAUUUAAAGAUCUCGGUGCACAAAAAAACCAUGAUUGGAUAUAUUUUGCUGGUGUUAACCAUCCUUGGAUCAGUGAUCAAAGCUGAUGAGGCACCCAUUCCUGUUUCAGACAACAAGGACGAAUGUGUCAAGCAAAUGAUAGAUUGGUGCAAAGGUAUGCAGUACCCUCAAGAGGGUGGAGGAAUGACGAUGGUUUCCAUCUCCUACCGCGACCAAAACAGGCAUUAUCGUGUGUUCUGUGCUUCAGACUCGGAAGGUACUAACUGCACCAGGAAUAAAAUACCAUGGUUUUACUGUUCCCCGGACCACACCUUUAGCUACAAAGGACAACCGGUAACCGAUGGGUCGAAUGUAGACAAUGACAUUUGCAAGACAGCGGAUAAAGCGUUCAAUGACAUGUUCAUCCAAAAUAUGUCGUUCGAUAAUACGACGCUGCAAACGGAGCUCGAGACAGGAAUGGAAAGUUUCUUUCGGGAAAUUACUUCAAUGCAACAACAGAUUAAGAGCAUUCAAGACACUCUACGGAACCUACCAGUGUUCACCAGAAGUUUUUGGACUUUUUUUGACACGGAUUUUCCCUUUGGAGGACCGAACUACACUGAAACUGAGGUAGAAGUUUCGAAAAAAGAUACAAACCAGAUUGAACGAGAGUAAACAUUGAACACACGUAAAUUAGUCGAGCAAUGUGAUAUUCAAAUUUUAAUUAUGUGUUUAUUCGUGUGAUAGUUAUAGAUGAUUUAGGCUUGUGUUGUUGAUAUGGAUAACCAUGGAGUAAAAUGCAGCAGUAGAAUUUUGUAAAAGGUCAGUAUUAUUUUAACAAUAGUUUUAUUCUUCCCACAAUGAUUUUUCGGAAAUAAUAUUACGAAAUAAAAAUCACCUAUUUCUGUA